AUGGUCGGCCCUCCGCCACUCAAAGGUAUCAAAGUCCUCGAAUUCGCCGGUCUCGCACCCGGUCCUUUCGCAGGAAUGCUCCUUGCCGAUGCCGGCGCCUCCGUCCUCCGUAUCGACCGCGCUGUCGGAGGUACCCGUACACCCUUGCCGACGGAGGAUAUGCUGGCGCGCCACAAGGCCUCCAUCGCAGUCGACCUCAAGUCCCGUGAAGGUGUGGAGCUCGUGAAGAGCCUGGCCUCAAAAGCGGACGUCAUCAUCGACCCCUUCCGCCCUGGAGUUCUCGAGAAGCUGGGUUUGGGACCUGAUGUGCUGUGCGGUCUUAACAAGGGACUUGUCUACGGCCGCAUGACCGGGUUCCGCCGUGACGGGAGGUAUGCGGAUAUGGCCGGUCACGACAUCAACUACCUCGCCGUCUCGGGUAUGCUGAGCCUGCUGGGCCGUGAGGGCGAGAAGAUCCAGCCGCCGUGGAACGUCCUCGCGGAUUUCGCGGGCGGAGGAGCUGUUCUAUUCCAGGGCGUUUUGAUGGCGCUCUUGGCGAGGGGGACGAAUGGCGGAAAGGGGCAAGUCGUCGAGGCGAACAUGGUCGACGGGUCGUCGUAUCUUGCGACGUUCCCGCGCUUCGCGCUCAAGACGCCAUUGGGAGAUGCCGGGAGAGGGAAGAAUAUACUCGACGGCGGAUGUCCAUACUACGACACCUACGAAACAGGAGACGGUAAGUAUAUGGCUGUUGGAGCCCUGGAGCCGCAAUUUUUCAAGGCGUUGAUCAAGGGGCUGGGGUUGGAGGGCCAGGGAUGGGAGGAGAAGCGGCACGACCGGGAUAACUGGCCCGAGUUUAGAGAACUUUCGACAAGGAUAUUCAAGAGCAGAACGAGGGCGGAAUGGGAAAAGGUGUUUGAUGGGACGGAUGCCUGUGUUACGCCUGUGUUGGAUUACGCGGAGCUUGAGACGGAGAAUGGUAGGGAAGGCGAUCAGAGGCCCGUCGUGACGUUGGUUGAGACACCGUGUUUGGCCGUCAAUGAGAGCAAGGCAGAGGAUCCGAGACGGGGACAGGGCCCCGGAGUUGAAGGAGGAGGAUACGUUGGGUUUACCCUCGCUCCAGGUGAAGGUGGCGAGGAAAUGCUCGCAGACUGGCUUGGGUGGAAAAGGGGGAGGGAUUUCGAAGUGCAGGAUGGCGGGUUUGUACUGAAACAGAAGUCGAAGCUUUGA